AUGCACUCAGAAGAUGCCCACACAUGUGCAGUUUGUGCCUUAAAGGGCAAAAUACCAGUGACUUGCAUUAUGGGAAUACAAGUUGUGGCAGCCAUCUUGGAUAAGGUAAAUUGCCAGAAAGUACCUAAAAUGGUGGUAAAAUCCAAUGGUAAACAUCCCAAACUUAUUUGGAAAGUAUUUGCAGGGUCUCCAGACAUGGGUAAGUGCUGUUUUCAGCCAGUUUUAAAUCAGUUUGACUGGUUUCUUGGUAAUAGAUUUGACAGUGCCCUUUUUUACACGGUACUUUGCCACAGGUAAUAUUUAUUUUUUAUUUAUUUAUUAUUUAUAGGAUGUCUGAAUCUACACCAUGUUCUGAUUCUGAUGGGAAUGCAGUUGAAGGAAAACCAUUAUGCAUUGUCUGUCAGCAUCACCUAUACCUGCUCAGCCACAGGACAUGUUGGCAUAGUUUACAAAGGAAGUUGCAGGGUAUUGUCCGAAUGUACACCAUGUUCUGGUUGUGAUGAGAAAGAAGUGGAAGGAAAACAGUUAUGCACUGACUGUCUCCAUAAG